AAUUGGUUCUCCGUCUGUUUCAGAAGAAUCUUUAAGUAAAAGAUGUUCGUCUAAAAAGGAAAAAACAUCUGAAUCUCAACUACUUUCCAUGGAAAUGGAAAAAAGGGCGAUUAAGGCUCCAUCAACUGAAGUUUCCUCUGCUAAUGAAACCGUUAAAACUCCAACUGUUCAGCGCAGAGAACGCCGCACCUCUGUUACUCUUCAGGACGCUAUAUUAUUAGUUGAAGCCAUGAAUCAGUCAACAGCAGAAGACACAGUGACCUCUCCUCAACGAAGGGCAGCAUCAACUCAAACCCAGUUAGCCCCCCGUGUGGUUACUUUAGAGACUGUGGACGAGAUCCCAGCAGAACCAGCGAAUUCGACAAAAGAGAAACUUAGUGCCACUCCUGCGACAUCAGAUGCCAUUCCAAUUAAUGAAGUUGAUGCCCACGUCAAGAUUGUCAUGCCAAAACAACAGUAUACAUUAACUCCAUCCAAUACUACUACAUCAGCAACCGCUGCUGCUCAAACAAGUGUACAGUCACUGCAGCAGCACCCUCACUGUUCUCUUAUGUCUGUAGCACCCGGCAAACCUGGUGAGGCGGUAUCUCAUAAAAUACUUUCCAUGCCGAGAUCAGUAUCCUCGUUAAUACGCCAUAAAAUAUCAGCACUGUCACCAACCCAGCUUCCUACUGUUGUGUCAACAGUUGUUGCUGCACAGAAAAAUAGUAGACUUCCAGGCUGUAAAACUACAGGCUUGCCUCUCGGAACACCUUCCCUUUCCUCUGUUCCUCAGAAUACAAUAAACAUUACGUCCAGGAGGUCGCUUCCUGUUGUCCCUUUACAGUCAACCAGCACCUCGACUGACCUACAGUCAGGGACUCCAACACAACCAAAAAUAACAAUUAUAGUUCCAAGACAGUUGUCAGCUGUGGCAUCAAGUAAACAUCAGUCACAGAAAAUUGUUCUUACAACUGCGCAAGAGUCCGCCGAAUCACCUGCUGUACUGGUGUCAUCGCCGCAGUUGAUUUCUUCAUCGCAGGACUUAAGCAUUUCUGUGGAUACACAAACAGUUUUAGAUGAAGUAGCCGCAAUUUCGUCUCAAAAGAAGAAAACAUUGUACAACUUAGAAUUUUCCAAACAAACAGCCUCUGUUUAUGAACUGUUAACUGCAUCUACAGAAACCUGUUCCAGUUCAAAUAUGUUAGUCGGGCUAGUGCCAACUUCCGUGUCUCCAGUAGCACCACUGACUGUUGAACAAAAGCUCUCUGCUGUGGUUAGAUUAACCAGGCUCCCAUUUCCAGUAUCGGCCCAAGAAGCAGUCUUGGUCUCAAGACUGCCUACAGAUGAACCUCUUGAAAGUCAAUCCACUUUGAAAGAAGAUAGCACACAAGAGAAACCAUCAUCUGUGUUCAUAUCAACACCGCCACCAGAGACGCUUGUGGUAUCUACUGACAUUUGUCCAAGUUUAAAAGGAACUUCUGUUGCUCUGCUUGUACAUACCUCUCGGAUGUCAGAAGAGCCAAAUUAUAUUCAAGAGAAGGCAUCAUUAUCUUGUGAAAACUGCAACAUUUUGGAAGAAGACUCACCUGACAGCAGGCCAUCUACAACAUCAAAGGUGUCAGCACCAGUUGUUGUGAACUCGACAAUAGCCAUCAACAAGACUGAACAACCAGUUGCAAAUGCUACAGCUGGUGAAUCUACUCUUAUUUCUGAUGAGGAGAUGAUCGGCAUUGCAGUGCAAGAUUGUGCAUCACCUAAUGAACCACCUAUAGAAGAAAAGGAAUCCGCUGCACUUGUACAUCUAACCACCAAGGACACAUCUGAUCCUCAUUUGCAGAUGACUAAAGCCCAGUUCCUGGCGCAGCUGGCAGUGACACCUGUACCGGAAGACUCAGAAAUGGUCUCCAACGACGACUCAGUAAAUACCACCGCAGCAGAGACAAGCACCAGUGAAAAGAAAAGGUUGCAGAAAGAAUCCCUUGUGGACCAACUCCGAAGUCAUCUCAAAACUCGCUUGCAAGCUAGAAGAACUGAAACGAAUUUAGAACCAUGCACAGCAACAGAGACCCCCACUGUAAACCCUAAGAAAAGUAUAUUCGAGAAUGAAAAUCCAGAAAAUAAAGACACAACUAGACAACCUAUUGCCAUCCGCCCAAAUGACUCAGGAGCUGUUGAAGAAGUUGCAUUUCCAAGUAAGACAACUAAUGACCCUUUUCCUGUUAGUCCUAGGAGAUCUGGACUACGUGAAGCAGAUGUUGGCGCGCAGCAGACUGUUAGUGAACCUUCUUUUGUCAGUUCUAGGAGGUUGAAGGCUACUAGAAAAUCUGCUCCUGUGACUCCUAGAAGGCCUAGUUCAGGUGCAGAUGAUGUAGGCUCCAAAACUAAAAAAUCCACUGCUGUGAGUCCUAGGAGGUCUACAGCAAUGAAAGAAAGGGCUAGCCCUAAAUCGACAAAAUCCACUUCGGUGAGUCCGAAGAGGUCUAGUUCAAUUAGAGAAAGUGCUAGCCUUAAAAAGACAAAAUCCACUUCUGUGAGUCCCAGGAGGGCUAGCUCUAAAAAUGCCAAAAACAUUUCUGUGCGUCCUAGGUGGAUUAGUUCAACUAGAGAUGGUGCUAGCCCUAAAGGUACUAAAGCCACUUCUUUGAGCCCUAAGAGGACUAGUUCAAGUAGAGAUGUUCCUAAAAAAAGAAAAUCUACUGUUAGUCCGAGGACUUCAAGUUUAAGUAAAAAUGGUACUAGCCCUAAAGUGUCUAUUGAUGAAUCAACUUCUUUCUGCCGUAGGAGGUGUACCUUACCUAAAGAUGGUUCUAGCAGUAAACAGAAUAAAAGAGAAUCCAACACAUUCAGUCCUAGGUAUAGCAUAGCCACAGACAGUGCAAGUACCAAAAACCCCAAGAGUGAAACAGGUUCCCCAAGUGUUAGGUCGCCUAAAUUGGCUGAAGAUGGUUUCAGUCCUAGAAAGAAAAGGGAAUCUACUCCAGCCAAGAAACCCAGAUUAAUUCAAGAUGGUACUGGUCCUGAACAGAAAUUAAUCACGGUGGAUGCUAAGAAGUUGGCUGAAGCAGCAAAAGGCAAAACAAUAGCUAAAAUUAAAAAUACUAGUCAAUCAAAAUUGCUGAAUGGAACAAAAACAGGCCAGUUAGCAGAGUGCAAUGCUAGCUGUGAGGCUGUGAGAAAAUGUACAGCUAAAGCUGUGUGGACUCCUCCUAGAAUGUCAGCCAGUAAAACACCUCCAGCGGGGAAAAGGAAAGAGCCGUUAUCACCAAGAUUGCAGGAUCAUUCAGUAGCUUACCCCCCCAGUGUUUCUCUCCUCCCCAUACCUAUCAGAGCACCACCUGUUGUAUCACCAUUACAGCCUUUAUCAGUCAUUGGUAGGCGACUGCUUAAGAACCAGUGUGGCGAGUGCGGCCGCGUCCUCAGCAGCGUUGCUGCCCUGGAAAGCCAUGUUAGCCUCCACGCAGGUCGUCGACCUUUCUCGUGCAUGCUCUGUGGGAAGAGGUUCCCAGACUCAAAAGGUCUUAAACGGCAUGGCAGGGUGCACCGGAAUGGUAGGAUCCAUAUCUGUCAGCAGUGCGGGAAGGGCUUUGUGUACCGUUUUGGCCUCACCAAACACCUCCAGAUGGUGCACAGGAAGAUUAAACCUUUUAUCUGCCAGAUUUGUAACAAGGGGUUCUUCACAAAACGAGAUGUGGAAGCCCACAUACGGAUUCAUACUGGAGAGAAACCAUUCCAUUGCAACCUCUGUGAAAAAAAAUUUGCAAGGAGGGUAGAACUAAAUGUGCAUUUAAGGUGGCAUAAUGGGGAGAAGAGACACUGGUGCCCAUUCUGUGGGAAAGGAUUUUUAGAUUUCAACAACCUAAAAAGGCACAAGUAUAUCCACACAGGGGAGAAACCACAUUCCUGCCCCCACUGUUCCAAGAGCUUCUCGCAGUCGGGUCACCUGAAAAAGCAUGUAAAAAAUGUACAUAAAAUACUAUGAAAGAUGGACAUCCCAGAUGCCACCCUGUUCCACUGAGAAUGUCAAUCUAUUUAGGGAGAGAGAUGUACAGUCUUGUAAUGUGAGAAUACUUGUUUUGAAUGGGAUCUGAUGAGUUUUUUUGUUUUGUUUUAUGUAAUGUGUUUGUAAAACAAACGCAAAUUGAGAUUUAUUUUUAUUUUUAUGCUGUGUUUAUUAGAGGAGGAUUUUUUGUUUUGUUUUUUAUAAAGGCUCAAAGGAUUAGUUUGUCAUUAUAGGAAAUAAGCAAUUUUGUGUUCUUGCCGAGAGUUGGAGAAGAUCGGUAUCAAUGUCACGCUUGCCUGUAUGGAGCUAGAGCAAGGAGAAGAUUGGAUUAUUUAAGACUGGAUGCAGCACCUCUUAGGCUUUGUUUAAAUUGUAUAAUGCAUACCUAUUUUUAAAAAAUGAUUAAAAACAUAUUUAAAGGGCUUUAGAGGCCUUGGACAAAGCGAGGCCUUUUCCCUCUGCUCCCUUUUUUUAUGCUAUGCUAAGCUAAACUAAUUGUCUCCUGGCUCCAGCUCCAUAUUUGAUGCACAUCUGUUAGUGCUAAAUCUUAGCAAGUAAACAAAAAGCACAUUUCCCAAAAUUGUUAGUAAAUUUUUCUCUUUUUUUUCAUUACCGUAAGCUCUUUGCAUGGUAGAUAAGUUUAGACAUCAAUGGAGAUUUCUGACUAUGUCUUAAACUUUGGUCGGUUGUUAAGAAUACAUAAAGUAGCAUUUUCUUUGGUCAACUAAUUAUUUCUAGUUUGUUAAUUGAACAGUUUAUAUUUGAAAAUGUUGUUACGUAAUUGAAAAAUGCUAAUGUUAAUAUGAUGCUAACCUCAAGUAGCCUUGAUCUACAGGGAACAUCUGUUUUGGAUAUCUGAUAAAGUGCAAACAUCUGCAUGUAGAACUGCCACAGAUUUCAUUUGUUUUCUUCAAUUGUUUUCUCACAGAUAACCCACAAUUAUAGAAUAACCCCAGCAGAUAUGUUAAAAUCUCUUGCUUUUGCAAUAUCACUUUUUUCAUUAUUUAUUGAUUGCUUCAUUCCUACAACUACCAAACUCAAAAUGGUAGCCUUUACCUAUUAUCAAAAAGGUUCUGAUGCCCUCCUUUUCACCAUUUUCACAUGACGUUAAUGUGACAUUCUGACAACUGGAAGACACAGUCAAUGCAUAAAAAGUAUGUGUAAGUAUUGUUAUAUACUUGUAAAAAUGUCAAUUUGUGUGAAUACAAUUAAGAUUCAUUAUAUUACAGGUUCUGUCAUGACAUUGCCUUUCACUUCUCGUAUUAAAAAAUUAAAAUGGUUCACACUGGACAUGAAACAAAUUAGGCCAAUUGGACUGCUUUUGCAGUCUGUGCUUAAUCCCCAGAAGCCAAUGAAUGUAACCCCACAGUCGUCAUUCAGCUCAGGAAGGGCACAAAAUGUCACGGAAAAAGGUUUGAGCAGACACACCUUUGCUUCAGACGAUAUGUUCCCGUCUUUACUUAAAUUUUCCCUUUGAAACAGCUUCAGUGGUCGGCUGGGAUGUUUAAAGAGCUGGGCAGAAGUGUGAGCUUAAAUUCAAUAUUUUUUUAUUUUGCCAUUGUGUCUAACAUUCUGCUUUAUUACAAGAAACAGAUUCAAUGUCAUUGCUUUGCUAAAUCCUAUUUCCAUCUUGUUUUUCAUUUUUCUCAAAGCGCUAACUACAUUUAAACAAUUGUUAGACAUCAACCCAUUCUUCUUUUAAGAAUUCUAAACAUCAUGUAAAAAAUUGUAAAUAUUCUGAAUUUGCAUUUAUUUCAUUACUAUCAAAGUUGUAUUGAGAUGUAUAUUUUCUUGGUCCUGUAAUAUGAAAAAACAGGAAAUAAAUGUA